UUCAUAGGGUUCAGUGGGGGCGCAAGGAGUGCUCACUCUAUGGGGGGGGGAGGAGAAAGACGUUGCUAAGCAACGGAAAGCUUGCGGCCUGGAACCCGCGUGAAUCCAGGCGGUUCAGUAGCUGAGGGAGAGAAGGCGGCGGCGCCUUUGAGCGAGGAACCAUUUAUUUAUUCGUUUUAUUUUAUUUUCACGGUUUUUUUUCCCCACCCUGAACCUCCCGUUUCUCCGAGCGUUACUCUUUUGGGGGGGGACCCGGAGCUCUGAGAGAAAGCAUGAAAUUACACAUAGAGUUAUUUAUUUCAGACAAAUGAAUAUAAAUGGAACCUAACUCAUGGGCUUCCAGUGACCAACAAGAAGAUGUGGAAGAUUUGCUUGCGAACAUUGUAGCAUUAAGAGGUCAUCUAAAGAAAACAGAAAAAACUUUACAAGACUUGGGAGAACAACUUUAUAGUAAUAAUUCACAUAACUCUGAACUUGGCGUUCAUGAGCUUGAAAUUUUAACACUGGAAGAUCUGGCUGAUACUUCUGAAUUGCAGAAUUAUACUGUGAGCAAAAUGUCUCGGCAUAACAGUGAUUCUUCAAGGAAAUCCAGGAGCAAAUCAUACUCACUGGCUUUUGAUAAGAGCAUGGAAGAGGAAAAUGAACUUCUAAGGGACAAACUGAACGUAGUCCGUGAAAACAAUGCUUCGUUAAUUUCUCAGAACCACAAACUAAUGAAUGAAAUUGAAACAAUAAAGUUUGAAUUGAACCAGUCAAGAGCACAAGCGAUCGAACCCCGAUCUUCCACCCUCCUCACCUGGAAUUCGAUCUCCAACGUGGCCUCCUUCUUCAUGGACUGGAAGAAGCACUCCUUGCGGCCGGCGGGUAACGUGAAGGUGAAGUCGCUGUCUAGGGAAGCAACAAAACCCCAAACUCCAGGCGGUGGGAGCAGCAGCAGCAACGGGACGGAGACUAGCCAACGCUGCCCGCUCGCCGUCCUCAUCCUCAAAAGCUCCGCAAACGGGGGGAAAGAAGAGUCCGGAAACUGCAAGCCGCAGAUCGCAACUCGCGCCACCUCCAACCAGGGCGAGUCUCAACACGUGUCGUCGGGACGUGCAGAGUUACGACGGUGA